AAACCUGUCUGCUAAAUGCAUAGAGGUAUAGGUAAAGGUUAACGUUGUCUGCUCUGUCAUCUGAGAGGAGGAGCAGAGAGGUCAGGUGAGUCCAAAUCCAAAUAAAAAAAUCUGCACGUCCUCCUUGGCUGCUUGCCGCUGGAGACAAAGAAACCGCAGAAGAGGAGUGACUAUUUGCAGGCAUCAUGUUAUUUUUCUUUUGCCUCGUUCUCUUGCUUGAUUUCAGAAAAGGACCUCAAGUCGAAGCAUCUGUGAGGUUGGUUAAUGGUUUAAACAGAUGUUCUGGACGAGUGGAGGUUCUCUAUAAUGGUGUAUGGGGAACAGUGUGUGAUGAUUCCUGGGACUCUACUGAUGCUGCAGUGGUGUGUAGAGAACUAGGCUGUGGAAAUGUCCUACAGGUGAAUAGUGUUGCAUAUUUUGGACAAGGUUCAGGAUCAAUAUGGAUGGAUGAUGUAAACUGUGUUGGCACUGAGUCUUCACUGGUAAACUGUGGAAGUCCAGGGUGGGGAAUAACCAACUGUGGACAUGGUGAAGAUGCUGGAGUCGUUUGUCAAGCCUUAGUUAGGUUGGUGAAUGGCAGUAACUCUUGUUCUGGACGAGUGGAGGUUCUCUAUGGUGGUGUAUGGGGAACGGUUUGUGAUAACAGCUGGGAUCUAUCAGACGCUACAGUUGUGUGUAGAGAACUGGGCUGUGCAGAUGCCCGAGAGGCAAAGACUGGUGCUUAUUUUGGAGCAGGUUCUGGACAAAUUUGGAUGGAUGCUUCACAAUGCACUGGGAAUGAGGCUUCGUUGGUGAGCUGUUCAGCAACAAAAUGGGGAAUACAGAGUACCCACUCAAAAGAUGCUGGAGUCAUCUGUAACCCUCCUGUUAGGUUGGUGAAUGGCAGUAACUCAUGUUCUGGACGAGUGGAGGUUCUUCAUAAUGGUCAGUGGGGAACAGUGUGUUCAGAUUACUGGGACUCCACUGAUGCUGCAGUGGUGUGUAAAGAGGUCGGAUGUCCGACCGGUGGUGAAGCAAAAAAAUAUUUCUUCUAUGGACUUGGUGCAGGUUCAAUAUGGAUGGAUGAUGUUCAAUGUACUGGGACUGAAUUGUCACUGAAGGGGUGCGGAUUACUUGGAUGGGGAACACACAACUGUGACCAUUCAUAUGAUGUUGGAGUAAUCUGUCGAGAUAUUAGGCUAGUAAAUGGAGCUACCCAAUGUUCUGGAAGAGUGGAGGUUUUAUAUAAAAAUCAAUGGGGAACCGUCUGUGAUGCUGGCUGGAAUUUAACAGAUGCUGCAGUGGUGUGUAAGAGCAUGGGUUGUGGGACUCCUGUAGCAGUAAAGACCGGAGCUUUCUUUGGGCAGGGUUCAGGACCAGUAUGGCUGGAUAGUGUGAAUUGUACUGGGAAUGAGCCAUCAUUGAAAAAUUGUUCAUCAAAGGCAUUAGGAACAAGCAACUGUAGUCAUGGACAAGAUGCUGGAGUCAUCUGUAACCCUUCAGUUAGGUUGGUGAAUGGUGAGAACUCAUGUUCUGGACGAGUGGAGGUUCUUCAUAAUGGGACAUGGGGAACAGUGUAUCAGGACUACUUCCAUUCUGUUGAUGCUGCAGUGGUGUGUCAUGAGUUGGGAUGUCCGACCAAUACUGAAAUAAAAAUAUAUUCCUUCUUUGGACCUGGUGUAGGACCAAUAUGGAUGGAUGAUGUUUAUUGUACAGGCACUGAAUUGUCACUUAAGGAGUGCAGUUUUCGUGGAUGGUCAUCAUACAACUAUAAUCAUUCAUUUGAUGUUGGAGUCAUCUGUCGAGAUAUUAGACUGGUUAAUGGAGAUAAUCAGUGUGCUGGAAGAGUGGAGGUUUUAUAUAAUAAUCAAUGGGGAACCGUCUGUGAUGCUGGCUGGGAUUUAACAGAUGCUGCAGUAGCCUGUAGUAGCAUGGGCUGUGGGACUCCUGUGGCAGCAAAGAUCGGAGCUUUCUUUGGGCAGGGUUCAGGACCCGUGUGGCUGGAUAAUCUGAAAUGUUCUGGGAAUGAGUCAACAGUGACUAAUUGUUCAUCAAAUGCAUUAGGAACAAGCACCUGCAGCCAUUCAAGAGAUGCUGGAGUCAUCUGUAACCCUCCAGUUAGGUUGGUGAAUGGUGAUAACUCAUGUUCUGGAAGAGUAGAGGUUUUUCAAAAUGGGGCAUGGGGGACAGUGUGUAAAGACUACUGGGACUCUACUGAUGCCACAGUGGUGUGUAAAGAGUUGGGAUGUCCGACCGGUGCUGAAGCGAAAAUGUAUAACUACUUUGGACCUGGUGUGGGAACAAUAUGGAUGGAUAAUGUAUAUUGUUCAGGGACUGAACUGUCACUAGAGGAGUGCAGAUUUCCUGGAUUGGCAAUAAACAACUGUGGUCAUUCAUCUGAUGCAGGAGUCAUCUGUCGAGAUAUUAGACUGAUAAAUGGAGGUAAUGUGUGUCGUGGAAGAGUGGAGGUUUUAUAUAAUAAUCAAUGGGGAACCGUCUGUGAUGCUGGAUGGGAUUUAACAGAUGCUGCAGUGGUGUGUAGUAGCAUGGGUUGUGGGGUUCCCGUAAGCGCAAUCAAUGGAGCUUUUUUUGGGCAGGGUUCAGGACCCGUGUGGCUGGAUGGUCUGAGUUGUUCUGGGAAUGAGCCAACAGUGAAAAACUGUCCAUCAAAGGCAUUAGGAACAAGUACUUGCACCCAUGGACAAGAUGCUGGAGUCAUUUGUCGAGAGAUAAAGCUGGUGAAUGGUACGAGUCCAUGUGAUGGCAGACUUCAGGUUCUUUAUAAUAAUCACUGGGGUGGAGUGUGUUACACUGGCUGGGGUCUACAAGAUGCUACAGUUGUGUGUAGAACAAUGGGCUGUCUUGGAGUUGUCGAGCCAGUGUCAUAUGUUGGUCCAUUUGAUGGGCCAAAAUGGAUGGAUAAUGUUGGAUGUACAGGAAGUGAGAGGUUCUUGGGGAACUGUCCAUUUACAGGAUAUGGUGUUAGCACUUGUGCGAAUGAACUUUACGCAGGAAUUAUAUGCAACAAUAUUAGACUGGUAGAUGGAGCCAAUGUGUGUUCUGGAAGAGUGGAGGUUUUAUAUAAUAAUCAAUGGGGAACCGUCUGUGAUGCUGGCUGGGAUAUAACGGAUGCUGCAGUGGUGUGUAAGAGCAUGGGCUGUGGGACUCCAAUAUCAGCAACAACUGGGGCUUCCUUUGGGGAGGGUUCAGGACCCGUGUGGCUGGAUGAAGUGAGUUGUUCUGGGGAUGAGCCAACAGUUAAAAAUUGUACAUCAAAGGCAUUAGGAACGAGCAGCUGUAGCCAUAAACAAGAUGCUGGAGUCAACUGUCGAGAUGUAAAGCUGGUGAAUGGUACUAGUCCAUGUGAUGGCAGACUUCAGGUUCUUUAUAAUAAUCGCUGGGGUGCUGUGUGUUAUGCUGGCUGGGGUCCAGAAGAGGCUGCAGUUAUUUGUAAAGAGCUGGGCUGUGGUGAAGUUAUUCAGACAAAGUCAUAUCUAGCUCCAUCUGAUGAACUCGUAUGGAUGAACAAUGUUACAUGUACUGGAAAUGAAUUGUCAGUGCGUGACUGUCCAUUUGCUGGAUGGGGUGCAAGCAACAGCUGUACGAAUGGACUUUACGCAGGAGUUGUUUGCAGCAAUAUUAAACUGGUAAAUGGAGAUAAUCUGUGUUCUGGAAGAGUGGAGGUUUUAUAUAAUAAUCAAUGGGGAACCGUCUGUGAUGCUGGCUGGGAUUUAAAAGAUGCUGCAGUGGUGUGUAAUAACAUGGGUUGUGGAACUCCAAUAGAAGUAAAGUCCGGGGCUUACUUUGGGCAGGGUUUAGGACACGUGUGGCUGGAUAAUGUGGCUUGUUCUGGGAAUGAGCUCUUAUUGAAAAAUUGUCCAUCAAAGAAGUUAGGAACAAGCACCUGUAGUCAUGAACAAGAUGCUGGAGUCGUAUGUCGAGAUAUAAAGGUGGUAAAUGGUUCGAGUUCAUGUGAUGGCAAACUUCAGGUUCUUUAUAAUAAUCACUGGGGUGCAGUUUGUCACACUGGCAUGGGUCUGCAAGAAGCAACAGUUGCAUGUAGUGGGAUUGGCUGUGGUGAAUUUCCAGUGCUACAGUCAUAUAUGGCACCAAAUUAUGGGCCAAUAUGGAUGGAUAAUGUUAUGUGUACUGGAAAAGAGUUGACACUGCGCGAGUGUUCAUUUACUGGAGGCGGUGUGAGCAGUUGUGUGGAUGGACAUUUUGCAGGAGUUGCUUGCAUCACUUUUGUGAGAAAAAAUGUGGUGAAGAUUUUCAUUUCAGCUGAGACUGACGUCAACGACCCCAAAAUCAUGAAGAUGAUAAUGGACAAGAUAACCAAAGUGGUAAAAAGUAAAGGAAAUUGUUCUGCGAAAUGGAGAAAACAGCUUAACGGGAACGUAUUCCAACAUAUAAUAGCAUGACAGGUCUUUUCUAAUGCAAGACAGAAAACAUACAACUAAUUAUAAUAACUUUAUAGUAAUCUUUUUAUGUUCACUUUUGCUGUACUGUCUGUACCCUAUACAAAUGUUUUUGUAAAAUUUUAACAUGUAAUAUGUAAAAAAUACUAAAUACUGUAUACAAUUUAAUUAAAUGCAUAAACUGUAAUGAUGCUGAAUUGGGAAAGGGGGACCCAUCAGAAACAAAAGCAUUAGAUUUAAUCUUUAAUAUCUCAGUUAUUAAAUAGAAAGCAAUUGGAAACAUUUGCUUUUGUCCCUGAUGUUUCUCCUAUUUCUCCCUUGAAAUCGUACAAAUGUCUCCAUUAGAGUUUUAGAAGAGAUCUCAAUAGUGUCACAAAUUGAUCUUAGAUAUGCCAUGUCUGCAGCCAAAAGUCAAUAUUAUUGAAGGUUUCAAAAGGAACUCAAGCUUUUCUCAUCAAAUUUACACAAAUCCGGAUAUUUUAGUUUUACAUUAUUUUAUAGCUCAAUAUUCCUGAUGCAUUUUAACAAACAAACAAUUUCUUUAUAUCUCUUAAGCAAUCUUAGAAGAAAGUCCAAGACUCAGUUGAUAUUUACAUUUUCUGAGCUAUAUAAGAACAACUACUGAGCAAUAACAUUUUGUUUUAUUGCCUGGGUGUGUUUUUACUUAUAAACAGAUGCAAUUUUAGUUAUAUGUUAUAAGCUUAUUCUGUGCUCAUUUUUAACUAGGUUAAUAUGUUAAAGAAUAUUCUGCCUUUUUAAUUCUAGACAUGUAGAUUUCCUAUUAUAGCAUCUGCAGAAAGCAAAGAUGCAAAUCACUACAGUCUGUUUUCAUCAAGUCAUUUAUUUGAUGAUCACUUUUAGUAGAUACAAGAAUGUUUAAUUUAAUAUUUGAGAAUGUUGAACAUUAUGAAUGGUCUUUAAUAACUCUAAGAAAUCUCUUGCACAUAAAUUUUUUUUGCUGUGUACAAUAUUAUUGUGGGAAUCAUUUGCACAGGUGUGUGCGUUUAGGAUCAGAAAUGUAAAAACAUGAUUAAAUUAUAUGUAAUGUAAUGUCAUUGUGUGCCAGUAAAAGCUUAUGAUCUUGA